UCCCUUGCAGCUUUACCAAAACCCAUCUUGCAGAUUGACAAAUCAGAAGCUGUUGUCAAUCAAAUGGUGAACGUCACAUGUAGUGCUGACGGCAAUGCUUCCCCUGGUUUUAAAAUGCAGAUCAGGGAUGCUGCCAAAAUCUUAGCCUCCAGCAAUCCAGACCAAUCCUUCCUGCAGCAUGCAGUGAUCACUCAGGAAGAGGAUAAUGGGAGGGAGUUUAUCUGCCAAGUAAUCCUGAUCGUUGGUGGGCGCCCCAAGGAAAGAAGCGCAUCUCAAAAGCUCACCGUCUUCUAUGGGCCCCAAAUUGAUGAUUCCAAAUGUCCACAUACCUUGACCUGGAAGGAGGGAAGUUUGACAUCAUUUACCUGCUCAGCCUUGGGAAACCCCACACCAACAGUCCAGUGCUGGAAAGAUGGGAGAUCUUACAGCAUUGGGGAACAACAGCUGGUCCAGAGAGAGCAUGAUGGCAUUUAUCAUUGUAAUGCUACCAACCAGUAUGGCUCUGAUGUUAGAGAUGUGACCGUACAUGUUGAAUAUUCCCAGCCCAAUAGCGAUGCAAUUAUCGCGGGAAUAGUUGCAUUUGUUGUGACUGUUAUUUUAUUAGCGGGGAUUGUUAUUUACAUUAAGAGGAAGAAAUGUAGGAUAUACCAUCUCUGGAGACAGCGGUCAUCACCACAAGCAGUUGUGGUGCCUUUGUUGUGACUGUUAUUUUAUUAGCGGGGACUGUUAUUUACAUCAAGAGGAAGAAAUGUAGGAUAUACCAUCUCUGGAGACAGCGGUCAUCAUCACAAGCAGCAGGAACCUCAGAGGAGCUAACCCACCUGAAUAGCACCACCAACGUCUAAAUGGAUGCUGGUUGUUACGAACUGAAGAGAAACUUCAACCAUACCAGCAGGAGCGUAGCUACAGCAGGGGUCAUCGCUUGAUUUAAUGCCGGAAAAAGUGAUAGAAAAGUAUUCUUCAGCUCCCAAGUACCCGAUGGACAGAAGUUUCUUUGGAGUCCUUGGGGUUCUCUGAGCUUGGUUCUUUCCUUGCAAAUGUUUCAUUACCUGGAUA